CACGACCGAAAAACCUCUUUACGCACAACACUCAUCUGCAACUAGGUGCUCGCGCACACGCGAUAUCCCCUACAACGUGUCUUCACUGGCCCUCUCCUUCCUUGCUUUGAACCGCACACCCUCUGCACCUGUUGUUAACUAACAAAUGGCAAAGUUGAUCUUCCUAAACGCCUGUGAUGGUAAUCAACACGCCGGCGUUAACGGCCGCGAAGCGCGGGAGACUCUACCCAACACGUCACCACCCACAGCGCUUUCUGGCCCUUUGGAGCAGAUGUUUAGUUCUCCAUAUUAUGAGGCGGAUGCAACUCCUAUUGCUCCACACGAGGUCUCCUCUGAGGAUGUCGAUUUGGCAAGGGCCUGCAAUUCGUUUGCAGCUUCGUUCCGCGCUUCUGAGGAUGCGCUCUUCACAGACGCGGAAACGGGCGUGUGCCACGAAAGCCUAGGCUUUAGCGACAUGCCUAUGGUGCAGCAACAGCUACCAUGCAUCAGCCUCCCUUGCGGUGCCUCCGACCAGCCCAUUUCAUUAUUGCGCAACCCUUCGGGCGAGUGCGCUGAAAACAGCGAUGACAACUUCAAGGGCUUUGUAGCAAGCAAAGCAACUGAGGAGCGGCAGCUUUUUGCAGCCUGGGUUGCUGCUCCCGCUGUGGUGGAGAGGCUUCCUGUGGUAGAGUCGCCCUCAACGGCAGUCGAGGCAGCUCCAGCCAGCUCCAGCGCCGGACUAGAGCACCGCGGGGAACGCGACGAAGGCGGAGUUGCCCCCGAGGAGAUGGAGGAAAGCGACAGCCGCGCUUCUGAGCCAAGCGCGAGAAAAGAGAACACUCAGCGCACCGGCGGUGGUAAGGCGCGCAAAGCCAAGACGUCCAGGAACGAUUUCUGCCGCGAGUGCGGGGCGACGAGUACCCCCCAGUGGCGCGAAGGCCCCGAGGGUCCCCGCACGCUCUGCAACCGCUGCGGUGUACGCUACAAGAAGUCCCUCAAGAGCGAGCAGCAGCGCAGCCGCCAGGCGCAUGCGGCCGCGGAGUUCACCAAGCGGCAGCGAGUGCACUGAAGCAAGUGCAUCGAGCCGUGCGGUUAGCUGUCAGUUGUCUUGCUGCUAGGCCUGCCGUACGGCAAUGCCGCGGAUACGCAGCGUGGCACGAUGUUUAGCGCCAUGCGUGGUCUGCGGGUUGCAUGUCAAGGACUGGGAUUGCAGAUUCUCGCCGCGGCCCGUUGUAGGUCGCACAUGCGCGCUGUGUGCGCUGCUGCGAGGCCAUCUCUGGUGCAGCCGGGUUGAACCCUGGGACUGGUGUGUGUGUAUUUGCUUCUGGGUUCUAACUUUCCGAACAGCGGUUUACAGACGCUACUUUGCCAGGGUCGAGCCAGGGGCCCUUAACACGGCCUGCUCUUGAUGUAGGGUUGUGCAAGAGGUUCGUAAGGUUGCUGUAUUAGGCGUUGGUUAAGGUCGUAGGAGUCUCGUUAGCUGCAUGAGCUAUACAGUUUGUCGUUGAUUACAGU